CCCACCUGCUGUGAUACCAUGACCUGCUGCAACUCCUGCUCCACCAGCUUCUGUGGCUUUCCCAGUUGUUCUACUGGGGGGAACUGUGGAUCUAGCUGCUGCCAAGACAGCUGUGGGACCAGCUGCUGCCAACAGGGAGGCUGUGGGAGCAGCUGUGGGGCUACCUGUGGGACCAGCUGCUGCCAACAGGGUGGCUUUGGCAUCGGCUCUGGGACUAGCUCUGGGAUUAGCUCUGGGAUCGGCUCUGGGUCCAACUGCGAGACUACCUGCACGACCAGAUGUUACGUACCCGAGUGCUGUGGAGGCGAGAGCUGCCGCACCAGGUGGUGCCGCCCAGACUGCAGGGUUGAGGGUACUUGCCUGCCACCUUGCUGUGUGGUCAGCUGCAUCCCCCCAUCCUGCUGCCAGCUCCACCAUGCCCAGGCCUCUUGUUGCCGCCCAUCCUACUGUGGUCAGUCUUGCUGCCGUCCAGCCUGCUGCUGCUACUGCUGUGGGCCCACCUGCUGA